CCAAUUCAGUUACGCCAUGUGGGUAAAAGAACUCUUGUUCAAUAUUAUCGUUACACCAUUUCUCUUUCUAGAUGAAACUAGAAAUUCAUCGUGUAUGUAUAUCCAUUCUCCUCUUUGAUUCUCGCCCAGCCGAUACAAUCUGAAUUUUUCAUUCAAGUUAACCUCCCGAACACUUCCCCUUUCGCCCGUGGUUCAACUCAACUUAAUAAUUAAAAGGGAUCACAAUAUGUCAAUCGAAAAAAGUUCAAAUGAGAAGCUGCCACUGACUUCAUGUCGAAAGAAGAAGAAAGAUGAUGCAACCUUUCUGGAAGACGUAAGGGAUCACAUUGAUGAAUUCAUCCAUGCUUCUAUGGAAGAACACAAAAAUUGCUUUCAGAAGACGGUUAAGAAGAUGUUUGGCAUGUCAAAGGUUGUUGCAGAAAGGAGUUCAGAGACUAAGGAAGUUGAAAGUUCUCUGCCCCUUCGGACAACCUUAGCAGACUAAAGUGUUUAGCACGAUACUUUUGGGCUCAUACACUCGAUUGACAUUCAAAGUACGGAGUGAGUACUUGAUUUUAGUCAUGUAAAUUUAUAACUUUCUUAGCUUCUUCUUUGUUGUUAUUUUGAAAAUGCUCUUAUAGAUGACAUUAGCAUUACUUAUAAGCACAAAAAGUACUUAUUUUUAUGACGAACUGUUAUUAAUGCAUUGAUUCUAGUAA